AUGGAGGGCCCCACAGAUAGCAGCGCGCUGGACGGAUUCAAGCUCAUCAGGAUCUUAGAUCAGGAUCCAAAGCUCAAGUCGGCCAACCUUCUUGGCGAAUUUCCCACCACCUCUGCAUCCGGCGAACAAGGCGGCGAGCAAGCCAUUCUGAUUGUCGAAAAGACACACUUCUCGGAAACAUUCUUUGAUCGUCUUCGCGAGCCCUCGGAAUGCCCGAUUCGCUACGCCGAUGAUGCGGAAAGCUGUGCCAAGCGGCCGAAAGUGACGGAUGACGAUAUCUCAAAUGCGAUGCACCUGGACCGCCGAAUCAUCUUCCAAGGACUCACUGAUCUCGGACAAAACGACAUUUAUACAUGGCUGCUGGCUUGGUCUUAUCGACCUUCCUUCAGCGCAACUUGCAGAGACAGUGACGCAGACACCAAGAUCACCCUUAUUCGGCCGGCAACGCAGACGCACAUUGACAAGUACUCGGCGCAGCGCAAAGCUAUGGUGUACGAGACACCGGAAAUGUAUCAGCACAAGGUGCUGCCCUGGAUCGAGUCGUUCCCGCCUUCCCGCAUACAAUGGGUGUACAAUAUCCUUGAACACAAGAAGGAGGCCGAUAGUAUCUUGUAUGAAGAUCCAGAUCCAACGAAAGGCUUUAUCAUUGUGCCGGACCUUAAGUGGGAUCAGAAGACGACGUCAAGUCUUUACAUCCAGGCUAUUGUUCACAACAGAGAGUUGAAGAGCUUGCGAGACCUGACAAGAAACCAUGUUGAAAUGCUAGAGAACAUCCACGUUCAAGCCAGCAAGGUAGCGUUCGACAAAUACGGCCUGGCGGGAAAGGAGGAGGGACAGGCCGAGGGCAAUGUGCGUUGCUUUUUGCAUUACCAUCCGAGCUACUACCAUUUGCAUGUGCAUAUCUUGGCAGCGAACUUUACUUCGCAUCCUGGAGCGGUGGUUGGACAAGCACAUUUGCUGGACGAUGUUGUAGACCUGCUCAAGCUUGGGGUCGACAUGAAGCAGCGGACGCUUGGUUACUCGCUCGGCACUAACAGUAAACUCUGGUCGGUGCUGUACCCGUCACCAGACUCAUAG